UUUAAUCAAUAGUAUCGUAUAGUAAACUUAAUUAUUGUAAUAUAAUACACUUGUAAUUCUAAAUCUUAAGUUCUUUUGUUAUCAUGGAGGCGUUCAGGUGCGCCGUAGAACGAGUAAUGGGUAAACCUAAAGAUCAGCUGGACUAUGAUUUAAUGGCUUCCGUCCAAGAACAACUUUUGGAAGUGAUGAGAGCUUUAAAUGAAAUCCGUCCUCUUGCGGAAUUAACAGACAUUGAAAAACACGAAUGUGCUAAAAUAUCUUCAGUUAAAUAUUAUCCGACCAAAUGUAUUGUUCACGAAAAAGAUUCAAGCAUGUGUUCAGGUGAUGCGUACUUUUUACUAAGUGGUCGUUGUCUACGUAUUCAAAAAUUGCAUAUAAAAUGUUUUUUAUCGGUGGGAAAAUAUCAAUACAGACUUAUUAAGAGCGACUGCAAAAAUUGUAAAGAUCCAAAACACCGCACAGUUUACGUUAAAACUUCUGAACUCGGGCCAGGAUCUGUAUUUAACAUCGGUGAAAAAUCUGAAAAUGGAUGUUUAGUAGUAACAAUAAGCGAAGUCAAGUUUUUGCUAGUGCCAUUGAAUUUCUUGACGAAACACAAUACGGCCAACAUAUGGGGCCGAAUAGUAUGUUCAUUAAAUUUAAGUACACUUUCUGUCCAACAAUGUUUUCAAAAGUUUGUGACUUCUGAGAGGUGGGAAGAAUACAAAAAAUCUGUCGUGGAUUCAGUAGUACAAAAAUGGCAAAACUAUGAAGACCAAUCAAAAUUAAAAUAACUUUUACUAGACACAACUAUGAUUUGUGAAUAUUUUUUUAAACGAAUUAUAGGUAUAAGAAUGAUAAUGAAUAUGUAUUAAUUAUAAAAAAGACUUGGCCAUGAUUACUUUAUUGACUAAAUUAUAACAUCUAGAUCAUAAAUAAGUAAUACUAUUAAAUAAGUUAUAGUAGGGUGUGAAAUAUUGAAAAUUUCUACAGCAAGUAAACCUUUUGUAAAUGGUUAGUAGGUGUAGAUAAAUCGUGCGUGUUUACACAAAACUCAUUGGAUGUAAGCCAAAAUGGGAGGGCGUCAAAGCUAAAUAAGGGUACAUACUGUUAAUUUACUUUAUACAUUCAUUGAUUUAAUGUGUCUGAAAAUGAGCAGUAAAUAUCUACAAUAUAUGUUUACAUUAGUAAUUGGUGAAUUUUAAAGCUGUAUAAAUUAUGAAAAUUAUACUUUCACUAUAAGAAAUGGUUCAAAAAUUUCUAUUAGUCAGUAAAAUAUUUUUAAUACACACGUUAAUUUUGACAUUAAGUAUUAUAAUUUUGAAUCCAAAUAUAACAUUU